CUGGUUUCAGUGAGGCCAGGUUUGGCAUGUGUUAAGAAGGACACUGCUAAUUAGAACAGGUUUCCCAAUCAAUCAUGUACUUCAUUUGGCUGGUUUAUUUUGUUUUAGCAACUGCAAAUGUGUUCUUGUCCCAAGAAGAUAUUGAUAUAAAAUGUGGAGAAGACUCCCUCACAGUCAGAUGGAAGGUUACUGAAAGCCUAGCUGAUACACCCUUCAAACUUUUACUGGGUGAUUGCUUUCCGUCAAAGUUUUCACCUACAGCUGAUGGAGGAGGGGAAGCAGUUUUCUGCUAUCGUUUCUCUGACUGUCGUUUCAGAGAAAAGAAAACACCCGAUGAGCUGAUCUACGAAAAUGAACUGACCUUUAGGCCGUUAAUAAAGUCGAAUACUGGACAGCUUGUCUACCCUAUUAGAUGUGUUUCUAAAAGGCCUUUUCCAGUUGUGAAGCCUGCUUUUGGUGUUUUAGAAGGUCAGGGGGAGUUGACUUUUCACUUGGGAAUUUUGAAUGACGAUUUAAGUGGCCCGGCUGUAUCCAACUCCUUUCCUCUUGGAUCCUUUAUUAACAUCUGGGCUUCAGUAGAACAGCAAGCUCAUCAAACCCUAAUCUUGUAUAUGGAAGAGUGUGUUGCGUCAAACACCUUAGCACUUGAACCACAAUCAUGGGCAUAUCCUGUAAUUACUAACAAAGGUUGUAUUGUGGAUGGGAAGUUUGGGGCCUCUAGGUUCUUGCCAAGAAACCAGUCGUCGUCACUUGUGCUUCGGCUUCAAGCAUUCAAAUUUGGUGCAGAACAAGAAGUGUACAUCCAUUGCAAACUAGCAGUAUGGGACCCAGAAGACUUCAGUGAAGAAAACAAGGCUUGCAAUUACAACAAAGCUACUGGAAAGUGGGAGCUUUUAGAUGAUCCUUUCCAAAGUGAUCUCUGCAAUUGCUGUGAUUAUGACUGUGUUUAUAAGACUUCACACCCAGGACCCAAAGGACAAGCUCAAAGUUCUGUUGUAGGACCACUGCUUUUUACAGAAGGAGAUGAAUUAUUUCAAUAAAGCCUUGAUGCUUACAAACC